GGCCUUGGAUCUGCGAUCUGGUGUCGGGGUUUGACCGAGGUCUAGGCUCUCGGAGGUUUAAGAGCCGCCCCGCUGUCCGCGCCCCCUCCUCGGGACCCCGGGGGGCGCCCAGAGCCAGCCUUCCAGCCUGCAGUCUCACACCACCCCCAACCUGUACUUUUCUCCCCGCCUAGUGGCCGCUGGGACCAUGUCCACGGAGAAAGUGAACUCUCUCACGGAGGAACAGCUGCAGAUACUGGAGGGUAGCUUCAAGAAAGGGAACAAGUACCCAGACCCUACCAUGCUGCUCCUCAUCGCCGCCGAGGUCGGCCUCAGCGAGGAACAGACCGAGCAAUGGUUCAAGCAGCGCCUGGCUCAGUGGCGGCGGUCUGAAGGCCUCCCCUCAGAAUGCCGUUCUGUCACAGACUGAGGAGAGUGACUAGGAGGCCUCCAUCUUCUCCAACCACGCCAUGAAGACUGUCUAUUAUUCCCCUCCCGGGUUUAGUCAAGAUAUUUUUGUUUUGCAGCUAUUUAACGUGUUUUAUUUUUUAAAUGUAUGUAAUAUAAAUAGAAAAGAAGUCAUAUAAAGCUCUCUGCAACUUAAAUAUAACAAAUGGCUUAGCUGGCAAAGUAAUGCAGUAGGUGGGCUCGGAUUCCAUAGCUCAUGGACAGACCAUCUUCACAGUUGCAGUUUACUCUUUACUUAUACCUCGAAGCAGCAGCAGUGGCCUCCUACCAGCGCCUCUGGUGAAAAGAAAGCUGGGGGUGGGGGGAGGAAUGCCUUCCAAGUCUGCUUUACAAAUUAAUUUUCCAUAUGUUCAGUUCAACCAAGUGGAUUCAGUUAAGUAUUCUCAAGGCACCUAGAUGAUGAAGCAGCUUCCGGGACACUGGCUGCAUUAACUUGGACAAGGCCCAGUUAGGUGGGAAGAGCCCAGAAAGCCGACAGCAGUCUAAAAAAAAAAAAAACUAAAAGGAAACCGAGAGUAACCCCGAAUUAAUUUUAUUU